GUCUGCUAAGUGAAUAAAUGUAAAGUAGCUCUCGCUGUUGGUCAGCGCAGGUUCCCGUAAAUGUACCGUGUUUCGCGCCGCAAGCAGGAAGCGCCAGGAGGCGUGGCGUCAGACACACAGAGAGCGGUCUUCUGCUCUCUCCACGCACGACACGUUCACGGGCCACAGCGCACACAGGCAUCGCUGAGAGCGCUCGCAGAUCGAGCAGAUCGAGGGAUCCCCGCAAACUGCUCGAGGCCUCCACCCCCAGGCACCAUGGAAGGCAGCGUGAUGGAGAACAUCUUUUUGCUUGUCCUUGUUACCCUGCUGAGCGCUUUGCAGAACGCUUUCUUUGCCCAUAAGGUUGAGAAGGAAUGCAAGACGUCGAACGUGAAGUCGAGCUCCUUCGAGCGAGUGUACUGCGCUAACCGGAACUGCAUGGAUACAUACCCCACCUUCAUGGCAAUCAUGUGGUGUGCUGGGAUAUGUCUGAGUCAAGCACCAGCUGCCUUUGCAGGACUGAUGUACCUGUUGGUCAGACAGAAGUACUUUGUGGGCUACAUGGGCCAAGUAUCUCAGAGCACCCCUGGGUACCUGUUUGGCAAGCGUGUCAUCGCCUUCCUGUUCCUCAUGUCUGUUGUGGGAGUCAUCAACUUCCUGCUGGCAGAGUACCUCGCUAUUGACUACAAGGAGUACAUCCAGACUAUCACCAAGGCUGCCUCUGCCUUGCUCCUCAUUCCCUGAGAAAUGAGUUUGCAUCUCAUUAGUCAGCUUUGGGGGUUCCUCAAAUUUUGUAAUGUUCCUUCUCAAAAAAGCUUUCAAAAGAUUUGAAAUAUUUUGUAUUUAAUUAAAAAAAAAAUCGGUGUUUUGAA